GUUCAAAUCCGGCUCGCGUCGUUUUUUUGGUGAUUCUGGGAAUUGACAACUCCAAUCAGCUGAUUUCAGCUCCAGCUUGCAUCUCUGUGCAUUAUCUGGGUCCAGAGCGGGCGGUCAUCGUGGAUAACUUGUGUCCGGGUGCUUGUGUGCUGUGUGCCUACCAGCCUACAGGGGCUGCCAGGCAACAACGCCUUAGCGCCAGAAUCUCCCCCAAAACGCUCUCGCUGCAUCCACACGCGGAUGGCAUCACGUUGUACCAUUUCACGAAUAUAUUUUUAUAAAAACGAGCCCUUGAAACCUCCUGCAUGAUGGGAUCCUGUGCAUUCUUCAUACUCCACAUUUUGCCGCCAUGAAGACCCAACGCGAUGAGAAGACUAUUGAUCUUGCUCAACUCUUGCUUGACUUGGAUUUCGGAGCUCAGGUCAACGUCAAGGGCGUCGAUAGUGACUUCCACGUCAGUGUCUUUAUCGAGGUUGACGAAAAUGGCAUUCGUGUCCGCAUGAUUGACAACCAGGGGAACGUUAGGGUGCCGCCAUGCAAAACUACAUACCCAUUCUCAAAGAGACUACGAUGGACUCGCAAACGUCAAAAUGAUGACAUCCAGCGGCAAAUGCGGUCUCUGGACCCUCGAGGCUUGCUAUUUUUCCAUUUCAUUCGAUCUCUCACGCUGCAAAACGACGCCUUUACUGGCGAACGAGGGGAGACAAAGCAGUGGUUGAGAAGGGUUAGUUGGCGCCCUGUAGAAGAUGAGAGUCAUUGUGUCGAGCUACGCAGUGCCACCCAGGUCGUCCGUCAUGCUGGCAAGGGCAAAGGGGGCCACGCCGAAAGCCCACAAACUUCCGAAAACACAACCCGGUUUCAUAUGAUAAAAAAAUCUAUCUUGGAUAGCGGCGCCCGUAACUGCCUUGUUAUGGCCUUUCCAGUUUGUCAGCAUGGGGUUGGUCCGUGGACAAAGGAUGAAGACAGCUUCUCCUAUGCUUACAGGAAACUCAGUCCGUUCAAGUUUCUCAUACAUGCAGACAGAUGGGGUGUACCUGACCACACAAAACCCCACCGACGAAUACACCAAGACCAUAAGAUGACCGACUUCCACACCCGGGCCAUGGCCAAAUGUUUCAAGGACUUGUCCGAGAUUCCUUCGCUUCGAUAUACCUGGAUCCAGUUCCUCCCGUCCAUGGAUCUUCUCAAAAGUUAUGAUGCACGGCAGGGGAAUGGGAUCUGCAGAGACGGUGGAGUCUGCGCGACACUGCCUCGUUGGCUUUCCGUCCUCCCUGUCCUCGAAACCGAAGAUGACCCUGACCGACAGGAGCUCCACGCCAUGAGCGACCUUCGCCUUGCUCUCGCUGAGGGUCCCAAUCCCGAGAACGAAACCUCAGUCCCGGAUGUCUUGAACGGACCCCUCACAUUCCCCAAGCCUUCUGCUCGGCUUCCAAGCUCUUGCAUAACAAGGCGUCAGAGCGGCAAUCUUGCCGCCAGUCUCAACACCACACCGACACUCGCGUCUCUGUCCUUAUCCUCAAAAUACCGCCGAAGUGACCUAGAAGUCGUGCUAAGCGACUACGCCCUCAACCUCUUCCCAACAGAAGCAGCUAUCACCAACAUCCUUGAGUCUCUUGUCAAAGAAAGCAAAACCGCAGCCUGGUACUCGAGAUUCUUUUUCCUCCGCCCCCAAAACGAAGCCUGGCACUCUCGAACCUCUCGGUUUCUGUUGUUAGCAUACACAAAAACGCUUGAGCGUUCUCGCUUUGAAGCCGGACAUCACGAUGAGUGGAGGAGGCUUGUCAAGUCUAUACACUUUAUCCCGCUUAACUCGGGAAAGCUGCAGUCGGUAGAGGAGAAUAUGCAUGUUGGGUUGUAUGCACCUGAGGAUAAAAGGGGGAGGCGGUUAGUGGAGUUUGGGGGUGAUUGGACGAAGCUGGAGAUCCCAGUGGUAGCGCUUGGUGCGUGGAAUAAUCCAGAGUGUAGGGAGUUGAUUGAGAAGGUGAGGUAUGUUGCUAGGAAAUAGACGUGAGGAGAAGGUGGAGCAGUUGGUAGACGUGUAUGUAUAGGGAAGUGAUCCUGCAAGGAUUGCAGCCACGUACCUUUUGUCCAGGAUGCCUGUUGACACUGAGGACUGGGGAUUGACCCACUUUUCAGGGGGUUUGUUUACACUUGUAUAAAUCAUCAAUCAUGACGCCAAGAUGCGAUUCAAGGGCGGUCUGGGGGUGUUUGAGAUGAUUGGAUGCUUUUAUAUCUUCAGCGGAAAGGUAAACUGUCUUUCUCUUUUGGACUUCGUGAGAUAAGGCGCAUGGCACAAUGUAUGUAGGUAAGCCAUAUUGAUCACAAGUGAAGACGGAAGACAGAGAGAUAUGAACAAACAUGCCUACCCAUGGUACAACUAAGGGGCUGAAUAGCUCCCAAAGUGAAA